UCUAUUUUGUAUUAUUACAAGCUCUCACUCACUCCGCUCAUGGCCUCUCUUGGAAGUAGUCCAGGUGGUGGCAACAAGAAAAGGAAGCGAUCAUCAUCCAACAAUGGUGACAAUAAUGGCAGCUGCUGUAACUGCCGAAGGAUUCAAUGCAUGAACCUCUUCUGUGUAUGCCUUCGUGCCGGAGACUUUUGCAACGAUUCUUGUUCUUGCAAUUGGUGCUUGAAUAUUUGGGAGAAUAAGGAUUUUGUGGACGAGAAGAAAAAGGAAAUCGAAUUGCGUGAUCCACACGCAUUUCAACCCAAAAUUAUUUUUGGUGAGAACGAAACAGCAGCAUGGCACAGAAAAGGUUGCAACUGCAGAAAGUCAAAGUGCAAGAGCAACUAUUGCGCUUGCUUCCGUGCUGAAGUUGGUUGUUCUAGUCGAUGUCGAUGUGAGGGUUGCAUGAAUAAGUAUGGAAAUGGAAUCAUCAAAGAUGAACAAGAACAAUGUGUUUUGACUAAUAAUAAUAAUGGCGGCAAUGACGUAACGGUGGAUAAUGAAUCACCAUCUUCUCAAUCUCAUCAUCCAGUUGCCGACAAUGAUUUUUUUGAUCAGCUUUCUGAACUAGAUGCGGAUAUGGUUAUUAAUGAGGAAGACGAGGCAGAGUGUUAUAGACAGCAAAUGUUACUGGCCGGCGACGGCGAGAAUGGAAUCUACAACGAUAAUAUGGAUACGGCAUCAAAUCAAGUUAACCAUGUUCCUGCUGCUGCUUCUUAUUAUAAUUAUAAUGUUUAUGGAAACAUAAUACAAGACAACGUUGCUGCACAUAAUUAUCAUCAAACUCUAACCCCAGAACAGAUUUUUCGGGUCGAAAACAACACUACUGAGGAACAGAAUACUGACAUAUGCAUGUUGCUUGAUGAUCCUGAUUUGCAGGGACCAUCACCUUUCAGCUUUUAUGAUAAUAAUAUUGUUGAUGAGCCCUCAUCAGUUCAUAAUUUCUCGACGACGGAGCCAAUAAUUCAGAGUAGUAGUCAGCGGUAUAAACCUCAGAGUAAGAGUUAUGGUGAUCUUUUUCAACAAGAAGCAUCAUCAUCAGGGGGAAUGAAUCAUCGCCAACAUCCAUCAUUACUGAUGAAUGCACAACAUCAGCGGCAGAAUGAUGCAAUAAACAUGCAAGCUCAUAGUUAUUAACCACCAUCUUCAUGGGCAAUCUUCUAUCUUCACUAAUGCUGGUGAUGUAGAACUGCUGCCACAUAUGAAUAUGUUUCUGCAGCACAAUACUAGGCAUCAAUAAGCCAGCUUUCAACCAAAGUUUCGUUCUUUGUUAAGUUUCAAAAACUUGAACUACUUUUUUGUUAGGUGGAUGCUAUCCUAAAGAUUUUUUAAUUGAUUUCA